AGCAAAUCGAAGUUCGCAAUCGCCAUGUAUAUUGAAUGAGAGCAAAGGAAUCUCUCUCGUCUUCUCUGAUCUGUUUUCUUCGACUGCACGCCAAUCGCUUGAGCUCUCAUUUCUCGACCUUUUAUCAGGAUGGAAGUUGAUGGUGUGAUUACCCCAGAAGAACAGCUCGUGGGUGUGACUAUGGAUUUGGAGCAAGAGCAAGAACAACAAGAGCAUGAGGAAGACGAAGUGGAAAAUGAAGAUGAGGAGGGAGUUGAAGAGGGAGUUGAAGAGGGAGAUGGGGGAGGAGAUAACGAAAAUGAAGAAAGUUUAGAGAUUGAUAAGAAAAGAAAGAGAAGGAGAUCCGCGGUUUGGGAUGAGUUCGAUGAAGUAAAAGGAACAAACAAAAUGCAAUGCAAACAUUGCAAGGCACAACUUCAAAUUAGUGGUGGCACGACAUCUCAUUUCAGGAGACACUUAAAGGGAUGUGCAAGAAGGAUGACAAAUCAAAAGUCUCAAAAGAUAUCGGGUUUCCGCUCGGGUAAAAUCACUAGUGAGACAUCUCCUCAUUCUACUUUUAUAUAUGAUUAUAAGAAGGUCAGAGAUAGUAUUGCACAUUUUAUUCUCAUGCAUGAGCAUCCAUUCUCUAUAGUGGAGCAAGAGGGAUUUAAUCUUAUCAUGAAGAAUAGUUCUCAUGAGUAUAUCCCAUAUACUCGUAUCACUGCGCAAAGUGAUUGCAUGGAAGAGUAUGAUAAAGAAAAAAAGAAGUUGAAGUCAUUACUAAAAAAUGUUAGCAAAAUUAGUUUGACAACUGACAUGUGGAGGUCUUGUCAACAAAUAGAAUACAUGGUUGUUACUGGGCACUUUAUUGAUGCUAAUUGGAAAUUGCAGAAAAGAGUACUUAACUUUGUGAAUAUACCACCUCCACGAGGUGGUGUUGAUAUUGCUGAUGCUCUCUUCAAAUGCAUGACUGAGUGGGGAAUUGAAAAUAAAGUUUAUUCUUUGUCUGUUGAUAAUGCUUCUUAUAAUGAUGUGGCAAUUAGAACUUUGAAGAACACAUUUCUUAGAAAUAAGAAAUUGAUACUUGAUGGACAGUUGUUUCAUGUUCGUUGCUGUGCACACAUUCUGAAUCUUUUAGUUCAAGAUGGAAUUGCUGCCAUUGAUGAUGUGAUUUACAAUGUGAGGGAGAGUGUCAAAUUUUUGAAAAAUUCUGAAGCACGAUUUUUGAAGUUCACUGAAAUAGUUAAGCAAUUGCAACUACCUGCUAGGAAGCUGAUUUUGGAUGUUCCAACACGUUGGAACUCUACUUUUGAGAUGUUGUCACUUGCUUUAAAGUUUAAGGAUAGGAAGAAUGGGAGAGAGUAG